UGCGGGCCGGGCCGGGUGGUGGGCAGCCGGAGGCGGCCGCCGCGCAAGCUUGUGCCGCUCGCCUACAAGCAAUUCAGCCCCAACGUGCCGGAGAAGACCCUGGGCGCCAGCGGGCGCUAUGAGGGCAAGAUCGCGCGCAGCUCGGAGCGCUUCAAGGAGCUCACCCCCAACUACAAUCCCGACAUCAUCUUCAAGGACGAAGAGAACACGGGCGCCGACCGCCUCAUGACCCAGCGCUGCAAGGACCGCCUGAACUCGCUGGCCAUCUCAGUGAUGAACCAGUGGCCUGGUGUGAAACUGCGGGUGACUGAAGGCUGGGAUGAGGACGGUCACCACUCUGAGGAAUCGCUGCACUAUGAGGGCCGCGCGGUGGACAUUACCACUUCGGACCGCGACCGCAAUAAGUACGGGCUACUGGCACGCUUGGCAGUGGAGGCUGGCUUCGACUGGGUGUAUUAUGAGUCCAAGGCCCACGUGCACUGCUCCGUCAAGUCCGAGCACUCAGCUGCGGCCAAGACAGGGGGCUGCUUUCCUGCUGGAGCCCAGGUGCGCCUGGAGAGCGGGGCACGUGUGGCCUUGUCAGCUGUGAGGCCCGGAGACCGGGUGCUGGCCAUGGGGGAGGAUGGGAACCCCACCUUCAGUGACGUGCUCAUUUUCCUGGAUCGCGAGCCAGAUAGGCCAAGGGCCUUCCGGGUCAUCGAGACCCAGGACCCCCCGCGUCGCCUGGCCCUCACGCCCGCCCACCUGCUCUUCACCGCCAAUAAUCACACAGAAGCAGCUGCCCACUUCCGGGCCACAUUUGCCAGCCAAGUGCAGCCUGGCCAGUACGUGCUGGUGGCCGGGGUGCCAGGCCUGCAGCCUGCCCGAGUGGCAGCCGUCUCCACACACGUGGCCCUGGGGGCCUACGCCCCACUGACGAGGCAUGGGACGCUGGUGGUGGAGGAUGUGGUGGCCUCCUGCUUCGCGGCCGUGGCUGACCACCGUCUGGCUCAGUUGGCCUUCUGGCCCCUGCGACUGUUUCACAGCUUGGCGUGGGGCAGCUGGACCCCAGGGGAGGGGGUGCACUGGUACCCCCAGAUGCUCUACCGCCUGGGACAGCUCUUGCUGGAAGAGGGCAGCUUCCAUUCACUGGGCAUGGCUGGGCCAGGGAGCUGAGAAGACCCCUUCGCUGCCCUCCUGCAGCUGCCUAACUCGGUCCAAAGGCCUUCCCGCCGAGAGGGUACUUGGCCUGGGAGGGCCCCGAGUGGGGGGCACUGGCUCCCACCAUCUCCUCUUUCACAGAGACAUGCCAUGGAGACUUGGCUGGGCAAUGCCAGUGCUGACCGCCUUGAGGUAGUGACAGAGCUCAGGUUGAGCUGGUUGGGAGGGCACGGUCCAUCUUUUUAUUCCAGAGACUCUCGAGGCUGGCACAGUGGAUCCCCCGCCUGGCCAGCUCUCACUUCGAUGUCUCAUCCCUGCCUCCCCCAGUGGGGAAGGCCCAUUCCAUCUGUCUGAGGCCCCUGUUAGUUGGGCUUGGACCUCAGUCGAUGCUGCUAGAUUCCCUGGGAGCCAGCAGGGAGCUGGCUGAACUCAAUGCCUGCUGCCCAGAACUGAGAAGGCCGCAGGGUGGGGCAGCCAGUCUGGCCAUCCUGAGGCAGGACCUUCCUCCCUGGACACACUCCUUGGGACACAUCCAGAGACUUGUCACUGUCAGUGGGCAGAGUUCCGUGUUCCAGCCAAUGUGAUCAUAGUGCCUGGGGCCAGGGGAGCAGGCUGGAUGUCCUUCUGCCCCUGCCCAGGCCACGCUCCCUCUUCUGCUGAACCAUGACCCUCAUCCCCCUCUCCGGUCAGUCUCCCCCACCUUAUUUAUUGGCUCGGAGGGGGAAGCCCAUGGGAGAAUUUUGGGGAUGUUUUGGUCUUUUCUUCCUUUUGUAAUAAAAAUUAUUUAAGUUGUUAGA